CAAAAUAUUUAAUAUACAAUACGGAAAAUGGAUAAAGAAAACGCGAAACUAGCUCAAGAUUAUUCCACUUAGAACAAUGUCCCUCUGCUUUAAGCCCAACAAUAACCAGUUAAUCAAUAUUACUCUCCCUAUUCUCCAUAAGUUCAAUAACCAUAGUAAUAAGUUAAUCCCUAACCAUACAUACCAAAUCCUUAUCAAGGAAUCAAUCUUUAAGGAGAUCAACCCUAGGUUAAUCAAUAACUUUAAUAAUAAAAUCCUCAACAAUAAUAAUUAAUGUAACCCUACUAACCUAAUCCUUAUCAAUAAUAAAUAACAGGAAUCGUUCUCCAAUAUCCCUAUAUCCCCUAUGUACACAUUAUCAUUAACUUAGGCUCCACAAGUUCUUUAAAAUGCCUCUGGAUUCAGAACUCCAGCCCUAAUUUAAUGUCCCUACUGUAACCAACACUCAGUCACAAGCAUUACCUACAAACCAGGAAAUGACACCUACUGGAUGGCUGUCUUAUUGUGUAUAUGCUUUGGAUUCUUGUGUUUGAUUCCCUUAUUGUCUGGCGAUUGCAAGGAUGUCUAUCAUUAAUGCAGCUAUUGUGGAAAAGUAGUAGGCCACACUCCAUACAAAGCCUGCUAAUGAUUUUAAUAAUAUAUACAUUUCAUCAAUUAUAACAUUUAUCCCUAC